AUGAAGUACGCUCUUUUCGCAGCCGCCUGCGCGCCUCUCGUUCAGGUUGCCCAGGCUCGGCCAAGCCCUCAACAAAAUGAUGGCCAGUGUGCAUCCCAAAAGGCCGUUACCGUGACCGAAACUAGCUUUCGCCGCACCCGGACCGAGACCGUUGUGCAGACCAGCACCGUCUUUUCUACCUCCACGACCACCGUCCUGCCUCCAGUCCAGCCCACCACCCUCACGCUUCCUGCGGCAGCGCAGCCGACCACUGUCACUAUCCCUAACGUCUACGUUAACACUGUGACUGUGCCCACGACGAUCACCGUCCACCCACAGUCCACGACCGUCACUGUCCGCCCGCACCCAGUGACCGUAACAGUUCAGCCCCAGCCAAAGACUGUUACGCUUACGCAGGGAGCCGCGGCGCAGCCCGUGACAAUCUCAGAUGUUGUUCAGGCGCUGCCUGUCACGAUCCCGGGUGGCGUCACUACCAUCACUGUUUCGCAUCAGGCGACUUCCACUCUCGUCUCAGGCGAAGUCCGCACCAUCACUAUCCCUGUGAUUAGCACCAUCACUCUGCCUCCGCAGAUUGUCACGGUCACUGUGACUCCUACCGUUACGGUGACGCCGACGCUUGCUGCUCCUACGUCGCACUCGUCGCUGGCUUCUUCUUCUGCUGCUAGCUCUUCCGCGAGUGUGCAGAGCGCAGGUGGUUCGGCUGUCUCCUCUGUCUCUGGAACCUCGGUUACCGUGAGCGCGUCCGCUGCUACGGGUACUUCAACUGCUGCUACCACUUCCUCUGCCUCCACUGCUGUUUCUUCCAUUGGAUCAUCAGGCACUGCUGAGAGUGCUGCUGCCACCUCCACGGGCACUUCCACUGCUCAAACGUCUGCUGUCACUUCCACUGUCGAAACAUCGGCGAGCAUUGGCACUUCUACUAGCACUGGAACGUCCGCUAGCACCGAAACCCCCGCCACUGGAACUUCCACCGCUGAAACGUCUACCAACACUGAGUCUUCCCCCACGGCUACGACCUCCGAUGCUUCUACGACCACUUCAGAGGCUUCCACUGCUUCCACAGAGACUUCAACUUCUGUUGAAACGUCCAGCAUCGACACGGCUACUAGCACUGAUGCCACUGCCACGGAGACGUCUACCUCUACGGAGGCUACCUCUACGGAGGCUACCGCUACUGCUACGGAAAGCUCGACAACUACAGAUGCGACCUCCGCUUCUACCGAAACUUCUGCCACUGAAACUUCCACGAUCACCGAAGCUUCUGCUACCGCCACUGAUGCAACCACCACGUCGACGGAGACUGCAGAGACUACCGAGGCUGCUGCUACCGCCUCCGAAGCUUCGGUUGCUGAGACAACUUCUGCGGCUACCAUCACUGCCACGGAUGCAACCACUUCCGCAGAGACCACGGACAUGCCUACCACGACCGCAGAGCCCGCAGCUACUGAGACAUCUGAGGUGACAGACGCGCCUACCUCGACCUCUGAAGCAACCAUCACCGAUGCCACGAGCUUGGACCCGACCACUGCCACCGAAACCACUGCUGCAGCGACCACGUCCACUCAAACCGCGGCACCAAUCGAGACCGGCUACCUCGUGAACAGCGGCUUCGAAACCGGCAGCCUAAGUCCCUGGGUAGACAUAAGUGCGUUGACGGAGGUUGGCAUAGACCCGGCAUCCCAGGUCAACAUAAUCACAACCCAGAGCGCGCACGGCGGGAGCUACUCGGUGCAGUACCCCGCCUCACAGACCCUGUACCUUACGCAAAGCGGGCUAGACCUGAAGUCCCCACAGGGGUACGCCUUCAGCGCGUGGUUCAAGCGUGACGCGAGCCUUGCAGGCGCGGUCUGCACGGUGGCGUUUGCAGGUUCGGAUGGAGGCUCCCAGUACCCGCAGAAGAGCUUCACUGUGCCUGAUACUGAGGACUGGGUCCAGCUCCAGGGCGGCCUGUUUAUUGCGAUGACGACUAGCUCCGACGCGUAUUUCGAGGUUAGGGCCUGGUGCUCGCAGGGCGGUAUGGAUGCGAAUGCGGUCUUCUAUCUCGAUGAUCUUGCUCUUGUACCAGUUCAGGGUGGGUAG